GAUUAGUUUAGAUAACAGUUAGUUCUGUUACACGUCGUCGGCUUUAUUUGGGAAAAUUUGUGAUUUUUCAUAAAACAAAAUGAUUACUACAGUUUUGGGGAAGUUUUUUCGAGAAUAUUCCCAAAAUACUUCUAAGAGACUUAAAAUCAUAGACUGCUAUCUGUUAUAUGUAUUUUUAACUGGCAUUGUUCAGUUUAUUUACUGUUGUUUAGUUGGAACUUUUCCCUUUAAUUCAUUUCUUAGUGGUUUUAUCUCAGCCGUCAGUUCUUUUAUUUUAGCAGUUUGUCUUCGAUUGCAAGUAAAUCCUCAAAAUAAACUACAGUUUGCUAAAAUAAGUCCAGAGAGGGGAUUUGCUGAUUUCAUUGUUGCACAUGUUAUCCUUCACCUAGUUGUCAUCAAUUUCAUUGGUUAAAAGAUUUACUCGUAAUUCUGGCAUCAGGCAGCUAUUCAAUUUGAUGUUCUGCAUCGUACAAAGCAACAAUAUUGUAUUUUUUACAAAAAUGCACUGGAAUUCUAAAUUGCUCCAGAUCAUGUCUAUAUACAUUUUUUUAUUAAUAUAAAUAUAAUUUUUGAUUAAGUAAAU